UCUUUUGAUGAGCGUCCUUUGUUCCGCGCGCCGCCGUUUGCAGCAGCUUCUCCUCUCCCGAGAAUAAUUCGUUCACGUCACUUGUCACUGCAGGCUACUUAAAAUGAGUAAAUCCCAGAAUAAACAAGAUAUGUGGGAUGUGGUGGCAAAGAAAUUAUCGCGUCUGCGAUUCAACGGCAAAGCGCUGACAGAUAGCAUAGAGAACCAGACCAAGAGAAAAACGCUGUCGAAGCUCUCCAUGAUUGGUUUCAAUGGGACUGGCUUAUUCUUUCACAGACGCGGGGAUCGACUUAAGAUCCCGAGAUAUCAGAACACCUAUCGCUUAGAGCCAUUUAAAGUUUUUUCCCCGAGAACGGUCGACAAGCUUAUCCAUGACGUGAUGGAGACCAAAUUAUCGUCGGUCGUGUCGUAUCAGCCGAAACAGGCGUCUAAAUUAUGCAAAGAUAUUGCCGCCGAUGUACUCGAGGCUGUCAACAAGAAAGAUUACGACAGAUGCAAACUGGUGACGCAGGUGUACGUAGUCCAACGCUUCCAGCAAAGUAUAUACGCGGCCUUCCAGUGUCUCUGGGAUGCGGAGCACGAUAAUUACUCAUAUUACGUGUUCGAAAACAAUCAUAUAUACGCGUGGUGCUGCGUGUUUGCUUUAUAUUAUGACUGAAUGAGAUAAAACAAUUCGCAAAGUAUACAUAUAUUUGCAUUACUCGCUCAUUAUUUUGUAAUAUCGAAUUACACAUUAAUAACCUAACGCUUAUACAUAUUUAUUAUUGUGGGAUUUAUUGUCGUGGAACCGAUAUAUAUAUUAGUAUAUUGGUGGAGUUAUUUCGAUUAUAACAG